AUGAUCAUAAAGAAAGAGAAAGAAAUAAUAGGUUUAGAUGUAGAUCCGAAGCGACUUUAUAUAUCAAAACCGACAGAUUUGCAGUCUUUUGCUUCAGAUACUCCAAACUUUAAUACACUUCACAUCUCUUUCGUAGCUGUUCUAAAAAGUAUCAAGUUUAUUUCUGGGAAAAACACAAUUUUAACAUUUGGUACCUUUGAUAAUUUGGAGAAUGAUAAAUCACAAUAUACUUGUUUUGUAUCUAAUACUGAAUCCAAUAGUCUUUCCAUUAACCUGAUAAAUAUUUUAAAGGAGGUCUACGAUAUUACCUUUCCAGAUAUUGGAAUAAACACCACCUUCUAUAAACAAAAUAUUUAUUUAGAACAUUUAUGUUUUUUAAGGUGUCAGGCGGAUUUCACAGUCGAAAGUUCAAAGUGUGUCAUAUAUUUGGUAAAUUUUAAACCGAUUUUGGUAGUAAGACUUGAUGAUAUUCAGGAAAAGCAAACUUAUGCUAGGAUUUUUAAAAAUUUAGUUAGAAUGGAUCAGGAUAUUAAAUGUGAUUUUAAAUUUGUUAAGUUGUAUAAUUUUGAUGAAAGAAUGAACUGUUAUAGAGAAAAAGUUCUUUCUGUAAAUUUGAAAAAUAGCCUAGCAUCUUUACAAAGGCGGCAAGAGGAGCAAAAACAACUGGAAACAUCGACUCCACCAUUUGUUCCAAAUAAUAACUUGUUAUUUGUUCCAAACAACCUAGAAAGCCAACAAUUUGAUUCUCAAUACACACAAACUAGAAAUGCCGAAAGUUUAAAAAGGGAAUUUUCGGAUAUUAGCGAUAGUGGGUUAUUAUACUCAUCGAGUAGCGAAGAACUUCAAUGUAAACAACGGCGGUGCGCUAUAGAUAACAUGGGUGCUGAAGGGGAAAAUUCCAGCUUAAAGGCAGUUUUUGGAGAGUAUACAUAUGAAAAAGCCUUUAACAAGAUUGAUGAUGAGGUAAAGUUAUAUCAUAGCUUGUUUCGCAGAAACUUUAUAUCUUUGGGUGUUCAAACUACUGAAAAGGCUGUUAGCACUACCGCCACUACUAAUGCGACUUCUAGCGUUGAAAUUGUUCCUCUUACUCCUUCUCUAGCCAGUGACGCAGCAUUAAAGCCAGCUUUAUCAAUACAUUCGUCUGAACAAACAAAAAAAUGUGAUUCUAAUUUUACCAAUAAUACAAAUGUGGCCAAUACUUCAAAUUCAACUGUAGGUAAAAAAUAUAGAGAUCACCUUUAUUUUAAAAGCAGCAAUAACCAUGCGAAUGCCACGUUACAAACCACUACUACGUUGGACGCUUGUUACGUACCUGAAACUAGCGUGAUUUCAUGCGAUAUUGGGGAAACCUUUAAACUAAGAGGAACCAUAGUUGGGGUGCUACCGAAUCCAUACUUUUCAUCCAAUAUCACCACAUUGGAUGAGUUAAUUCUCUUGGUUAAACCAGUUUUUAGUAAAGUUCGUGGUUAUAGCUCCUUACUUUAUAAUGUAGAUGUCAUACAGGUUACCAUUUUGGAUGUGAGCAAGUUUUUUUCUUUAAUUGGCACUAAACUAGAAAGCCAUGAAGGAGCCAUUGAUUAUUCCGUUGUAUUGAAAACUCUCUUAAAUAAACUCACAACUGGCGAUUUAUAUGAUAUAAAUAUUACUAAAUGUAUGGAGACAUUUGAAGAAGGUUAUAAUACGUAUAUGUGGGUUUUAAACCUUGAUCAUAGAUUUUUAGAAAUUGCACCAACAGUUUUUAAAAAUGAAAGGCGCCCAUUUAGAAAGAAGCUGGUACUAGAAGUUAAAGAUAUAGACACCAAAAACUGUCAUUCAGCUUCAGUGUUUGGAUUUUUAGUUGGUGUGGAAAAUAUGAAUUCAAGAUACUAUUUAUAUUUCACCGAUUUUACCUCUCAUAAAAUGCUAGAUUAUCCGUAUAUUAAUUACGAUUUUAUGUUUCAAGAAAAUAGACCCAUCCCAAGAAAUGAGCUAUUUAGGCUGGUGGUAUAUCCAGAUAAGUUUCGCGCAUUUGACCGCCGUGUUAAAUGUUGUACUGGAGUCCCCUUUACCUCUAUGUUAAAUGGGAAAGGCGAAGGAAAUAUUUCCCGAAUGGGUCUUAUUUGUAGAUUUGAUAUGAGGAUUAAGGAAUAUAAUGGAUGUCUAGAAGGUACGGCGGACGAUAUAUGGAUCAUUGCCAAUGAAAGCGUAGUUCAUAAUGAAGAUAAGAGGCGCGUUAUUGAAUUACAAAGGAAACUACUGAAAUCUAUCCCACCAUCCGUUGUUAUGGAACAGUUUAAUGUAAUUAGACAAAUAAUGCCUAUUGUAUGGGAUCCAGACUCGAAAGGUUACAAUGUAGCGGAUGUUAAAAUCGUUACAAAAAAAAUGGACUCUUCGCCAAAAAAUUCUAUCGACGCUACCGAUACUGGCAAUUCCAAUGAUAAUGCGAACAAAGAAUAUCGGCAUCAAAGCAUUUUAACAACAGACUUUUCUUUAUUACAUGGAAAAGUGUUUUUUGAUAUUUCCAAAAAGAGACCAUAUCUACUUGGGAAGGAAAUAAAAACUAUUUCUCAGUUAAAUAGAUACACUUAUAUUGAUGAAAAAACAUGUUUCAAGGUAACUGGGAAAUUCGUUUCAUAUAACAAAGAUAGAAAUGUUUCAUUGAAAUUCCAUAUGAUAGAUUCUAAUUAUGGUAGAGAUGAGGGGAAAAAAGACAAUACCCUUAUAGAUCCAAAAAAUAUGUUAUCUGUAGAAAUAUGGGGGGAAGAUAAUCUAAAAUAUUUUUUUGAAGGUUGCAGAAUAACCUCUCUUGAUAAUUUGCUUGGAAAAGAAGUUUCAAUUUAUGUAGUACGCACUCAAAUAUCGGUUGGUAGCCACGAUCAUCCUGCAAAUAUUUUAAUAUGGGCACCGGUGAAACAAACAUUGAGGGAACUGUUGAUGAGUGUUUCUUAG